AUGACUUUCUGUAACACUCUACUCCUAUUAGAUGGCUGGCAUAGAGAGUACAAUUGUACAUCAUCAGCGUAUAUCAUACACUGCACAGCAUGUAUACGACAGCUUCAGGUGAUACUGGUAAAAGUUAGUCUUCUUCUCGGCAUUCAAAUUCAUUCCAAUGUAACUUAUUUAGGCCUAGAAGAGCCUCCAGCUGAUCAAACAAUUGAAAGUUUUGAGCGGAAGGAGUUCAGAGGAAAACUUGCUAUUGGUAUCACGGCAAACCUAAUCAAUCGACAUACUAGUGAAGAAGCAAGAGUGGAAGAGAUAAGUGGAGUAGCUUUCAUCUUCAACCAAAAGUUCUUUAAGGAUUUGAAUCAUGAAACGGGAAUAGAUUUGGAGAAUAUAGUUUAUUACAAGGAUGACACACACUACUUUGUCAUGACUGCCAAGAAACAAAGUUUAAUCAAUAAAGGAGUAAUAAAGAAAGAUCGUGCUGAUGUUGCAAGCCUUCUAUCACAGUCAAAUAUCAAUCAAGAAAAACUACAAAUGUAUGCAUCUGAGGCCGCAGACUUUUCAACAAACCGCCAAUUACCACAUUUAGACUAUGCACUUAACCAUUAUGGCCUGCCUGAUGUGGCCAUGUUUGAUUUUACCUCUCUUUUUCAAGCUGUGAACGCCGCAAGAAUUCAUGAACGAAAUGGUCACUAUCUUUUGAUGGGUCUUGUAGGAGAUAGCUUGGUUGAGGGUUGAUAUCAGUCAAAACCGUGUUAGUGGUUUACGUAGCCAACUCACAACUCAAUUUGAGAUCAUUGCUGGGGUGCGCCGUGAAGACGGCACACCUCUGAACCAGCAACAGCAGAUACAUCGACCGACCUCUAAGCAUUUCGAGCUACCCAAAGUUAUCAACAGCGACUUGUGCUUUUUCUGCGGCAAGCGUAUCUACGUUAUGGAGCGUAUGAGCGUUGAGGGCCUGUUCUUUCACAGUUCGUGUUUCAAAUGCUAUUACUGCGGAAUCUCACUGCGUGUCGGUAGCUAUAGUUACACCCCAGAUGCUGAGAAUAAACAAGAAGGAAAGUUUUUCUGUCGCUUACAUGUUGGCAAACAAUUCACAACUCGCAAGAGGCGCAUCGAGGAUAUGAUAGACACCUCUGUACAGAUGCCAGAUGUCAAGAUAACCCCAUCAGCCGAACCACAGCAACCUUCUGACAACACACCUAAGGUGCCAACAACACCUACAGACACAUUGGUAGCACCACUACAUAAGAAAUACAGAGCAACACCUGAGAGAAUUGAACUUGAGAAUAUGCAUGCAAACAUCAAGGCUGGGCAAGUGGAAGUUUCGGAGGAGGAGCUAGCACUGUACAACCUCGGCAGCUCCAUGAAUAUGGACUCAGAGGACAUUAGUUCUUCUGAAGAUGAAUAUGACGCCGAGAUUGAGUAUGAGUACGAAGGCAAGAACACUCCCUUAGGUAGGCUCUCUACAAUGGUUGACCCCGUCGGGGAUGGCACGGAGGAAGACAUGUUUGAAGAUGAUGAAGAGUACUAUGAAAUUGAGGAAGGUGAUGAAGAAUAUGAUUAUGAAGAUGAAGAAGGGGAGGAGGAAGAUGAAGAUUCUGAAGAAGAGGAAUACUCUGAUGAGGAGGAAUCUGAUGAAGAAUCUGAAGAGGAAUCUGAAGAGAGUGAGGAAGGUGAUGGGGAGGUAGAGGAAGACAUUCUUAAAGAUAAACCUCUUGUUUUACAAAAGAAGUCACAAUUUUCCCACCAAAGAAGUAUGACAGAUUUAAAGCGGCAAUGGUUAAUGUCACAAGAUGUUAUAACAAAACCAUGGCGCCCUCCUUCACUCGAUCAACUGGACAAAACUGAAACAGAAGAGGUUAUUGGUGAAGACAUGAAUGUUGAAGAAAAAGACAUUGAACCAAUGGAGAUCAAAACAGAUAAUAAACUGGAAACCGAUGAUGAAGUGACCAACCCUAAUGAGAAAGGUGAUAAAGUUAGAUGGCAAGAUGCAAUGGCAGCUGCAAUAGCAUCAUAUGAAGAUGAUCUCGGAAGCAAUAGAUGGCAUGAAUCUAUUGGCAGAGUUAAAGAGGCAAAGGAAAUGAAUGACAGAAAAGUAGAAGCUGAUGCUUCUGAUGUCACUGUUCUCAGAGAUAAUGAAUGCUCCUCAAGGACUUCUAGUGCUUUAAAUAAGUCAAAUGAUUCUGCAAACCUUGGGAAAAGAAAACCCAAGGGUCCAUCACAUUCGCAAUCUGUCUCUGCACUCUCAGAAAUAAGUUUGACAAUUUCAACUCCGUCCAGCUCAAUACCAUCUUCUCCAGUAUCAUCAAUUAUCUUGGAAUCUAUGUCUUACCAGGAAGACAGUUUAGGGGAGUACUUGAAAACUAGUCCAAAAUCAGAACUUGACAGCAUCUCAGGGUCACCAGUUAUAGAGUCUUCCAGUGAACAGGCAGAUAUCUCUGUGAAUAAAAGGGAAAAAUUGGGCAGUACUUUCCAGGAAACUCUUGAGAAAGAGUUUCCAGAUGAAAUGGUGUCUCUGUCACCUUCUCCAGAGCGGGAACCUACUCCGUUGCCAGAAGAACCUGUACAGUCUCCGCAAUCAGAAAAAGGUAUUGAACCAUCUUUGCAACACAAAAGACCUAAAUCUAUCUUAUCACCCAAGUCAUCUUCAACUCCAUCAAUGUUAACAGACAAAUUAUUAGAGACUAAGACGCGACCGCAAAGUAUUGUUUAUGGUUCUUUCCACGAUUCAUUAAAGGAUGUUCCAUCUAUCGAUGAUGUAGAGGAUGAAGUUCUUGAAUAUGAGAGUGUAGGCAUGGUCAUGAAAGAUCAUGAUUUAAUGAAUAUAUCUGAUAGUUCUCAUCUUAAAGUGCCAACCCUGCGGGUAGCAUCUCUCAAAACAGACACUCUAAGAACGAAAAAUAAAAGGAAAAACUCAACUGGAACCACCAGGGUUAUUUUAGACAAAAGGCGCGAGGCUUCUGUUUCUCCACGUCGGUCUGGUGGAAUUAGAAGAAGUUUGCCUUCUUCACCUAGUGAGAAUUCAUCCCCUACGAUAACAAAGACUGAGAAAGAAAAGGCAAGACAACUACUGAUUGAGAAAAUUGAAGGACCUCCUAUCACUCCAGAUGUUUGUCCUGCUGGGGAUGUAUCGAAUGAAUUUGCCAGUAAUUCUUCUGAACUUGUUACUCCAAAGUCUCCAGAUCUUAACCUAAUUAGAUAUGAAAAUGGCAUUCCUUCUUCAGAAUCUAGAUCAAAGGAAAAGCGUUCUAGAUUGAGUCGAAUGAAACUUAAAAGAACAAAGCGAAAAAGCACAUUGAGUGAUCGAGAAGGAACAACAGAAAGAGUUAAGAAAGACCGAAAGGGCAGGAAGUCUACAGAAUACGCUGGCGAUUCUGCAGAAAAUACCUUAAGUCUAGAGCAGAAGUCGAGGCCAAAGAGUGACAAGGCACCUAUUGUCAGUAUUGGUAAUGAGGUCGAUGGAGACCUUUCAAUGCCAGAUGUCGUUGCUGGAUCAACGCCAAAGUUUGGCUCCAAAUAUCACAAACCAGCCCGUCGACUCACGAUUGACCCGAAGUUGAACGCAAACAUUGAUGAUCUAGCUGAAUCCAGUGAUGAGGAUGAGAAUGCAAAUCAACCAGUUGUUGUUGCUGACUCCAAGCCAAAGAAAUCCCCUCGUAGAAUGUGGGGCAAGAAGUUUAAGGUAAUAAACAGGAAAGCUAGCAAGGAAGAGAAGGAGAGAAGAAAGUUAGAAGAAGAAGAAAUCAGCGAACAGCUGACACGACGUGUCCAGAGGGAGGCACGACGACAACACAAACAACAACAGCAGAAACGCCUACGUAUGGCUCAGGAGAUACAGAGACAACUUCAGGAAGUGGAGGUCAAGAACCGUGAACUGGAAGAGAGGGGUGUAGAGGUCGAGAAAGCACUUAGAGGGGAGGGAGAUAUCAAGGGUAUGGAUGAACAUACCCUUAUGCAACAGUGGUUCCAACUGAUCAACGAAAAACAUGCUCUUGUGAGGUUUGAGUCUGAACUCAUGAUACAUAAACGUGAGUUGGAGCUUGAAGAUCGCCACAGUAUGCUAGAGCAAGAUUUAAGGCAAAGAAUGGCAGUGGAUGACGAGGAAGAGGAUUUAGAUUUAACAUUUGAGUUUCUUGACAUUCCCAAAGCAGAGAGCGUGUUGAAUUCAAGAAAAUCCUCGGAUGACAGAGCUCAAGAAAACCUCCUCCUUGAAGAAAUGCUCGAAGUCAUCGAACAAAGGGACGCGUUGGUGGCGCUUUUGGAAGAAGAAAGGCUCAGGGAACAAGAAGAAGACAAAGACGUCGAAGGGAUCAUGCUAAGGAAAGGUUUCAACUUAGCUUUGAAAGAGAAGGCUCGAUUUUCUGCAGCGGUCGCAGGUUUUACGUAGUGUCAGUGUCACCGAAUCAUUGGAAUCAACAUGCAUGCUAUUUUUUCUUUGGGAGUGGUGGGGCGGGGAGAUUUAGGCAACAUUUGAGAACUAAAAUUGUGUAGUAAAUGUCAAAGUAUUUCAUUUAGCUGACAGUCCAUAUCAGUGUUGUACUUACUCCUUGGUAUUUGAAAUAUAACAAAAAUCAAAAGCACAAAACCCAAAAAGAAAAUAUUUUUGGUGGGAUAUGCUUUUUGGUUUUUGUUUAGCAAGUAAAAAUUUAAUAUAUUAGUUGUUUGUCAGAGAUGUAUGUGAAUGCAUAGGUUCUGGAGUUCUUAAGUCACUUUGUUGUUUUUAAUAUUAACUUAUUUAGUUAAUAUAAAUGAGAGAGAAAAAAAAUGAAAGUAUUCAAAUGUGGACUGGCUUAAGGAUCUGUUCACAGUAUGUAGUACCUGUGAUUUGCACAUACAUAGGUAUGUGACAAUGGCUAUGUUCACACACACCACCAGGAUCCAGAUAAAAAACACACGCGCUCACUCUUGCGUUCAUACAAGAAAAUCCCGAUCCAGAUAUCAAGAAGAUGAUGAUGGGAUCACUGGCCGAUAGAAAACUAGAAAUUGGAAAUGCGUAUGUGUGAUUAGUUAAUGAGAGAAACUUGCUCAACUUGCUUUAAUACCGAUCGCGCUUGCUAACCAUUAGCGUUGAGAUCCUGGUAACGGUUAGCGCUGACUGAUUGGGUGCUCUCACGGGGGUCCUAACGGUUAGCUCUCGAUCCUGAUACUAGGGCUCUCGUGUAAACCAAGCCAUUUUCAUGCCAUGUUCACUCCACACAAUUUUGUUACAUAAUGGUUGCAUGGAUGGAGUUUUAUCUAUAUGCUAGUGUUUUUAAAGUUGACUGGAGAGUGUAUUGUACAAUGCAAUGUUAUUAAGCAUCUUCACAACACUAUGUGCAAUGUGGGAAGCGUAACUUUUCUGCAGAUCCAACAUUUCCAAGAAUCGGCUGCAAAUUUAAAUAAGUAUGAUAAACAAUAAUAAUAAUAAUCCCACCAGGAUUUGAACCACAACCGCUUUGUUUAUCCAACCAACUGAGGUUUGCAGCACAGUUGGGAUGCCUCUUGGUUUUUUCCUGGUUUUUUUUUUCACAUUAAAUUUUACUAUACAUAAUUGGCAACUUGGAUAUUUAGUUGGGAUAAAAUGCAGGUUCAACAAUAUUUUUUUAAAUAGAAAAUUCUUCACAAUCUGGUGUGGCCGAUGGGAGGUGGCCUUUCCAAUGAGGGUUAGUAGACAUCAAGAGUGUGUCUUACAGAAGAAACUCUACUUUUCCAUCGAUGUGCCAACUAAAUAUUGCGCAUUUCAGCCCGGGUGUCGAAUGCAUCUAUUGAAAGUAAUGUCAAGAAUAAACUUGACUAUCAUAACAUGCUCCGUGGUAAUUAAUUAGGGUCAAAAUGAGAGUGGGGAGGGGCUAAACAGGCUUUAAUAUCCCACCCACCCAUAAACUUUACCAACAUGCAUGUAUUUUUUUUACUGUUAUAACAUGACCUCUGGUAAUAAUGGUACUUUCAGUUUUUUAUUACUGCUUAAAUCUAUGUGUUUAUAAAUGUAGAAAUAUAUAAAUUGGUAGCCUAUUGAAAAAUACAAUAAAAGUCAGGCCGACACAUUGAGACCGACAAUUCAUUGUGAAGUAUUUUAAUGGCAGGCUUCUCAAAUGUAGAUCUAUGCUUUUGAAACUUGCCACAAGCAUUUCCCAGUAUAGCAUUGCUCAUUAAGGUGUGAAUCCACACUUGAAGAGGCAACUGUUUUUUGUGUAGCUACAAUUAACCAAAAAGAUUUUGGAAAAUGCAACCUACUGUAUGAAUAGAGUAAUCCAACUGUGGUUAUUGCUUGCUAAAGAGCAAACUGAAUCAAUAUAAAGUUGUGGUCUCCACGGCAUGUGAAGAGAAUUAUCAAAUAUUAAUAAAUGUCUUGUUUAUUCUUAUGAACAUCCAGAACAUUCAAGAAAUAAAUAGCUUUUACAACUUCUUUGUGGCAGUGCCACGAGUUGCAUCAUAGUCAUGUAUUUUCUUAUGGUAAAAAUAAUAGUGCUCUCCAAGCCAAGAAGCAUGUGUAUUUUCGCUCAAUACAAUGGCAUUGCCAUCAUACAGUAUUGUCUGAGCAGCAACUACAGAUAGCGCACGCUUUAACUUUUGCAUGGAAUCGCUGUAACACGCAGUUAGCUCCAAGGAUAAUAAUUUACUGUGGAUUUACUAAUUACAGUGGCGUAUCUACAGUCUUAAAAUGGUUGGGGGCUGAUGGGGGGAACAAAGGAUGGGGGGCUUAAUGAUUUUUAAAUACUUGAGCGGAAUUUUUUGCUUUGGACAUUUUCAAUGGCGGGUGGAGUUGCAACUAGGGGUGGGCUAGAGCCAGAUACUUCACUGGAGGCUGCACUAUAAUAGAAGCACAUGUACCAUACAGUACACUGCUCUUUACCAUGUAUUUAUUCAUUUUGUAGAUAGUGCACUAGAAUCAAAACUUCUAUGUGCAUUCAGAACAACUAUUUUGGAGCCAAAUAUAUCGAAUGCAUUUUGAAUGCGACAGGUAUUUUGAUUUGUAAUGAUCAAAAGUUGUAUUACAAAUAGUUCUAAUUUUGUGUGAUCCUUCCAUAAGCAUUCAAAACAUGAAAGAGUAGUUUUAAAAGAAGCUCACAAACAAUAAUUAAUUUUAAUCCUAAAUCAUGUGUAAAUCUACUGAAUUUGGUGUCUCUAUCACAGCUUCUGAUUGGCCAAAAGACACCAUGUUAUUUAUUGGACAUGACCAGACAUUAAAACUGUAGCUUUUUAUUUCAUAAAUAUGCACUCCUUUGCAAAAGUCAAGCCUAAUUUUAGCAAAAAAAUGGCUUUUUAAAAGAAUAUCUUGAUCAAAUAUACACAAUUCUAAUACCAUUGCCUAUAGGCUAUCAAAUCCUGUACAGUAAUGAAGUUUUCCUUCCUAUUGCUUAGUUUUGUUUUUGUAUGGUUAAUCAUCAUUAUAUUGUUUUGGUAUUGUUUAUAUCAUUGAUUAUAAUCAAUAUUAAAUGUGUUUGUAUUGUUUUUACAAGAUGUAUUUUUCAUACGAAAAAGAAUAUUGUUUUUGAAGGUUUAAUUUGUUAUAUGGUCACACAGGAUUAUAUAUCUCAGAAUAUAAAAUUGCAAUUUUGGUUUUAAAAGUACUGCAAUGGUAACUGGAUUCCAGCAUUCUUCAUUCCUUAUUAAUAUUAUGACCAAGUGUGUUUUUAUAAUAGUCAGUUAGGGUCUAAACCAUAUAUGCUGUUAAGGGCCCAAAGCUCUGACUAGACUAUCACAUUUUAGUUGACAAAAACAUGUGGCACACAUAAAUAUGGUCAUGAGGACAUCACAUUAUGACCAUAUAUAGGCACAUCAUGACUAUAUAUGGGCAUACAACUGUAAGGAAAAUGUGAUGGUAUGGACAGAGCCUCAAAAGGUUUACUGUCUGUGAUGAGUUAAAAAAGGAAAUUUAGUAUCUGCAUGGUUAAAUCAGUUUCGUGUAUCAGUACCAUAUUUAGUAUCUGCAUGGUUAAAUCAGUACCAUAUUUCCUCUGGUAUAAGGCCCCUUCCCCUUCCUUGAACACAAAAUUGGGCGGAUUUUUAGGUGUGUGCUUACACCCAGGGAAUAAAAGGCAAUUUUUCAGCACUGCAUGCUUAUUCAAAUCAUACCCUUGGCUUUUGUCUAAGGAAAGCUUGGUACAUAGGGGGUAGGCCAGUGGUGGAUCCAGAAGUUUGAAAUAGAGGGGGCCCAGAGGCGGACUUUCAGAGAUGGAAACCCACCAUGUUUGAGGCUGAGGUAUUUAUAUUUAUAAUUAUGAUAUCCCCCAUCCCCGUCUAUCUUGCAUCCACCACUGGGGUAGGCAUAUGUUAAGUGUAGUAGCUUUCACUAGAAAAUUACAAUGAAAAAUGUUGCCAUUUAACAGUUUCUAGACACAUAUUUAAUUCUGAUCCUACAUUGGCUGGUAAUCAAUUUAAAAUAUUUUGCAUUGUAACUCUGUAAAUCUGUUAAUCUUUCUCAUUAAGUUAAUAACUUAUUUUAUUAUUUCAAUUGUUAAAUUUAUUGUUUCAUGGCUUUUUUUUUUGGAUUUCACCACAGACAGUAUAACUUUAAAUGUACUGUAUAUAAAGAGCCUGAUUAGAUUUUAGUGUAUGAUCAAAGAUAGAUUCUCAACCAGUGUCAAAAACAUGUGAAUAUAAUAUAUUGUACUAGGAGCAAAUUUGCAAAAUUGUUCUUGUUGGCUUGUGAUUGGUCAAAGAUUUCAAGGCUUCUCAGUAUUACAGUACUGUACUGGGAUUUCAAGAGUAUGUCUUUUUUAUUUUGAAAUUCUUUGGCAAUAAGCUUCUCAACAGUUUAAAACUAAAUGUAGAAUAAUUUUGAAUAUUAAAUAGAACCUGAAGUAAUGUAUAA